AUGGCUUCACCCAGACCAACGGAAGAGGAUGAUCAAAGUGGGCGAUGGUCUUUACAAUCGGUCCGACCGAUUUACGCUUGGGAAAAAAACGAACAAGCCCUGGAUUGUCGACGUUGCAAUCGUUGGUUUAAUUUGUUGAUUCGACGGCAUCAUUGCAGGCGAUGUGGACUCAUUGUGUGUGACCGAUGUUCGACGAAUCGUGUGAUGCUUCCAUAUUCCCAGAUCGUUCAGGACCCAUCACUACCUGUGGAUCAACACUAUCUUGUAUCACUGCAACCACAACGUGUGUGCGACGUGUGUUUUGGCGAUUUAUCUAAACCAGCGACUCGUCUGAGCAAUCGUCCAUCGUUUAGCGGGAGCAGUAUGCAUCGAUCAAUAAGUAUGCAGAGUGUGAUGAUGGAAUGUCCGGUAUGCGGGAAACUGUUGAGCGAGUAUGGAACGAUCAAUGAGCAAGAACAGCAUGUCCAGUCAUGUUUGAAUGCGGGUACAUCGGCUGCUGCUGUGACGGGGAGUCGCUAUCUGGUGUAUAUCUUGGCCGCCAACUCCGCUUUAGUGGGGCAAGAAUGUGUGAUUUGCUUUGAAGAGUUUGAACAAGGUGACACAAUUGCCCGAUUAAGUUGUUUGUGUUCGUACCACCGGCAUUGCAUACACGACUGGUUUAGUAAAGGCAAAGAGUGUCCCGUUCAUUCUCGCUAG